CGUGUGGCUAUAUGAUACUGCCACCAAUUGGUCGCAGGCGUAGACGCCGCCGGCAACGUCGACGCAGAGAGCUGCAGAAGACACUCAUACGCCGUUGUAUUGCAUGGCUGAGUACUGAGGAACACACAGAGUGCGCAGGACUGGGGGGUAUGGCUGGUAGUAAGAAUCGUACGGGCGUGGAUGGGGCACGGAAGAGUGUGUUCAAACACCCCCCGACAUGGCUGUACCAGCCAAAUGCUAACGGAAAUGAUAUGAUAGCGGCCCACAAAUUGAGGACCCAAUACGCCAAGCGGCGUCUACGGAAAAACAGUAUGGACAAGUACAAAAGUGACCUAUACGACCCAGAAGAUAGACUCCAUGGCCAUGAUGGGUUGUCCAGCGGCGAUGACGAGGCAGAGUCGCUUAGCAACCAGAACUACACAACCGACCUCUUCAGCGGCCUGCAAGUAGACUCCGCCGACGACUUCUUCUACGCUCGCAUGGUAACAGGCCAGCCGCACACACCCGCGGCAUCACUUGUGCACCUCGUGGAUGCGAAUGAGGACACGUACAAGUGUGGUGUCAAUGCGAAUACCAACAUAAAUGUGCAUGUGCAUGUGCGUGGCGAUGAGAAUGUAAAUGGAAAUGGAAAUGGGAAUGGAAAUGGGGAAAUUUUGGGCCCAAGUAAAACGGGUGUAGAUUCCGACGCCGAUAUCGAUAGUGUGAUGCUACAUCUGCAGUCGCUGGUCCAAGGUUUGUCCGCUUAA